AUGCAGGCUCUCCGGAAAGACGUGUCCUCUUAUUUCGACUACCGACCCAGGAGAAAUGCUUCUUCGGAGGCCAACACGCCCAUUUCUGAGCCGAUCAGCCCCGGAACCCUUCCCAAGCCAUCGCCCCGACCAAGACCUCGACUUGGAAGCCUGCGGUCCCAGUCUGAGCAUGCGACAACUCACAAGAGGAUUCAUGUGAAAGCUGUUCCCGAGGAACAGGGUAGUCACCAUGGUUCAGGCUCGGGGGCGCCACCACGUACCGCCGAAGACAGAGGUCAAGAGCAAGAUGCGCGACCUAUCUCCGAGCACCUCGUGGACGAAUCCCAGGAAACUGCGCCCAUCACCCCAAGCACUGCCGGUCCAGGUGGUGGGUUGGCCGGUAGAAAGGAGAGCCAACCGCGUUCUGCCCAAAGAUCGAUCGUCGGUCGUGGUUGGGCAAGGUCGCCUUCAGGGGGCCUCUGGUUCCGGGCGAAACACUCUUCCAGUGAGAUCGGCCGCCCGUCAUCGAGUCGGGAUAUGCCCAGUCCUUCUGAUUCUGAAGUACUUGUCGUGCGUACGGAUCAAACACCGUUGCGACCGCCAUCCGCCCCAAAGAACAGGGCAGCCCUCAGUCGGUCGUCUCCGAGUACGAUCAGAGUCGAGGCGUACUUCAACGAAACGGAUGCCCAACCACAUGAGCCAGGGCAUUCCGCUGCGGACCGUCGUCGCGGCCAGUCUUACGGCGACGAGGCUCAUGGUGGUGAUGCGGUACCACGCAAAAGUUCCUUCAAUCCUCUGCAUUUUUUCUCGGCUCCCCUACAGCUCAUACGACGGGCCAGCGGCACGAAAAGGCAAAGCAAGAUCAGGCCGGCUGAACCCAGGAUUGUUCUCCCCCAGUUCGAAGACCCACUGCUUGCAGAUCAUCCGAGCUUGCUGAGGAGAAAUCACACGGCCGAAGCCCUGGCCCGGGUCAGUGCGAUCCUACAGGAUCUGAGGCAGUCUCCUCAAGCAUCCUCGCGGCCGCCGACCGGGAUCAAGCCUUUGAGAUGGCGGACUUUCUCUAACAAAUGGGGUUCGCCGAAGGUGGACAAAGAUCAUCUCGUGGUCCCCGAAGACACAGAGCAUUUCACGGCCCACCAGCGGAGGAGUAUGGAGCAUCUGUGGGACACUCGGUCGUACACGUCGAGUGAAAGAAAUUUGCUGAUGGGACGGCUGCCGAACAACAGUCCGGCCGAGCAGGCCACGUACAAAGUGAAAAGGAGCGCCAGUGCUCAAACCGAGGAGUUUCUGAAAAUCGACAUCAGCAUCCGCGGAGGGACCAGCUACUUGCCGAGCGAGGCACGUCGUAUACACACUCCACCGCUGCCCGAAGAAGGGCCUGACGGGAAGUAUCGAGGUUUCUUCUUUGACUACAACGCCCCAAGACGGGCCAGCACCAUCCCGCAGUCCUACGAUGGGAAGUUGUCAGCAGAAGAAGUCUCUCCAUCUGCCGGUAAACCUUCCCCACCACAUAGUGGCAGCACGAGUGCCGAGAGUGCCAUGGAGGAAUCGCAGUCACAGAAGGGCACGUCGAGCUCUCAUGCAGGGAGAGGUCACGGUGGGCGUAGUAAGAAAGGAAAGGAGCAUGUCAAAUCAGGCCCUUGUGGGUUGGGAAAAGAUUGGUAUGAUGUCAAGUUGGCCGAACUCGGACUGGGAGAUGCGUCCGGCUGGGGUCAAGCGGUGGACGCCAAAGAAGGCGAAAGACGGGUCAACUUGAGCGCGUUGGAAGCCAUGGCUGAAAAGAAUUUAUCGACCGGCAGGUCCAGUGAUGCGGAGCGCCAUCUUGACCUCACCAUACCGGAACAUCUGCCGAGCAGUCCACUGUGCCCAAGAAAUGCAAGGUACUGGCGGGUGGUCAAGGGGAAGGGAAGUCAGUUCAGGGGCUGUUGGAUGCAUGGAAUUGGGGUGUAUUCAACCAAUGAUGGUGAGGGUCACGGUAGUGAUGAUGACGAUGAUGUGGAGACCAGUCAUGGCUAA